CCACGUCACCUGUACUCUGGCCAAGCAGAAGGAUAGCUCCUCAAAGGUUUCGUGCCACAUUCGCCAAUGUCCAGGAUUGAUAAGAGGGACUGAAAGAGGCUCGAACGAGAAGGAAAGAGAAGGAUGAAGAUCAGACUGCCAGAAGGUGGGGAAGAGAGAGGGAAGACCAAACAUAGAGAGAGGAGCGAGAAGAUCAGCGUGGUUCAUUGGGGAUGUGGGAAGGAGACGAGGGUUGGGAUCGCAACUGGCCUCUCGCGCGGUGAUUGGCGAAUAUCGCCAAGAUCCGAUGCAAAGAUCGGGAUGAUGUUAUACCCCUGUCGGGCGAGGACGUGCUGCCACACGUUGGACACUUGCUCCCUCCACUCGCGCAGCGAGGUCAAGAUCGCGGUAUGCCACAGUGGAUUGACCGAGCUGAUGUCACCGUGGUCGGCUUGCAUAGAGGGAGCCGCGGAACGCAUCCCGCCGUCGCAGCAACAAUAUUUGGAUCCCCGGACGAUUCGCGAUCCUGCCUUCUUCAGGCACCCUACGAGGGAGCAGUUUUCUGCCAUUCGGGAAGAGGAGGAGGAGGAGGAGAGCACCGGGAGUGACGAAGACGAAGACGGGCUGGACGAAGGCGGGGAUAGCGACGAAGUGCUCGGAGAAGAAGAUGAAACCCCCGAAGAAGGAAGUUAUAGCGAGCAUAGCGAGGGGGAACAGAGUGAAGAAGAAGAAGAAGAAGACGAGGAAGGAGAAGAGGAGCACGAAGACAAAUCUGUUGGGUCGGAGUGGGAAGCCGUGCCGGAAAAAGCGCUGCGCACAGGUACAGAGGUUGAGGAUCCCGAGGCAGCCUGCAAAAGAGAAGAGAUCGCGGCCGGGAAGGAGUUAGAGCUCGCCAGCGCAGCAAGUCUGCAGAUCCGUGAGGACCCGAACCGAGAUCCGGAGCCUCCCCGACCUGAAGAUGGCGACCUCGCGGCCACGACUCCGGCCCCAUCAGCACGGCGACGGAGCCGAUCCCCCUCCUCCCCAACUCGUCCCCCAGUUCGCCGACGUGCUGUCGUAGAAGCUUUUGUGCGCCUCCACGAGAAAGGGUUGAUAUACAGAGGAACAUAUAUGGUGAACUGGUCUCCCAAACUGCAGACAGCAGUGUCAGAUUUGGAAGUAGAGUACUCCGAGGAGCCAGGGGCACUCUAUGUCUUCAAGUACAUGUUGUCCGGAUCUGAGAAUGAGUACCUGCCUGUCGCAACGACUCGUCCUGAAACAAUAAUGGGGGAUACUGCUGUGGCUGUCCACCCAGAGGCUACCAGACUGACCUAGGACGACUUCCCCAGCCGUGCCAGGGAAAAAAUAUAUAAAAUCAUUAAAAUAAUAAAAUGUUUAUUUUUAA